AUAUCCAGAAAGAUGAAACUUCGAGAACGGGAGAAGAGUCCGAGACCACAAGGACGAUUGUUUCCCCCUGGUCCGAGCAUACGGUUGCGGCGCCCUUGUCUAUUGUUCGCCCAACGGUAGGUCAUAAUUCCUGGAUACAAUCUCCUUCAAUCAUGAUCUGUGGAAGUCCGCUCCAAGAAGGUCUCCCCAACAGCGUGGAUCAAAGGGUCGUUGGCGAAAACAAGCUGAAUCUAUACCAGAUGUAUCCGUCCAGCAAAAGCAAUUCCCUUUCAAAACCGGGGUUCGGCACGGAAUUUGAACCCGUCGUUGACCCCGAAUACAAAGAGAAUGGCUCUGACGAGGACGAGGAAGAACAGAAGAUGGUGAAGCUUCUAACCGAACAUCCAAAGGGUCGAGACUGGAGUAUCAAGCCAUUCGAACCGACCCGCAAGAAGCAGAAAUCAAGAAAAGAUAGGCCGAAGCGGAGGGAUCGUUUGGAGAUAGAAAUCGCCAAGCUGAUUCUCAAUCAAGCGCAGAACUUUGAUAUGCGAGAUUUCAAUGUAGAUCGUGACAAUGUCUGUGCAUUAUCGACGGGUGAGAUCCUGCUGGACCUUGCCGAGAGCUCCGUUGGGACUCCAUCUCCCUCGUCGAUCGACCCAAGGAAAGAUUCAGGUGACGAAAAUGCGGUUCUCAUGGAAGACAUCGGAAAGGACAAGAGUGGGCCUCGGUCUCUAGGAAAAACGCAUUCGAGGGCAUCCGAAUCCGAUCUUUUCACUUUUAACACCAGUAGCGACGACGAUGAAUGGGCAGAGUUUGACGACAGUAGUAUGAUGAACAUACCGCUUCUUCCAUCAUCUGAGCUCGACAAGGAUGGCUUUCCCUUGAUAUUUGAAUCCGAGGCUGGGAAAGAGUCAUUCUCUAGGGGUGGUUUGGAAUCCAUUGACGAUGCAGUCUCGUCCGACCUGGUGUUGAACAGCGAGGGGAGGAAAGAGAGCGAGAACCAACAGAAAGAGGGCUCUUGCAAGAACAGCAUCGCGCGAUCCGAAUCCGAACCGAACCUGCCUUGUUUGAUUGGGAAUCCACAUGGGACUCCCAUUGAGUUUGAAAUGCCUCAAUCACCUUCUUCGGUAACCAACUUUACUGCUAGUGAACGAGACAGUCCUAGUCGCAAGGCUUUAGUGUUGCCCUUGAAAAGAGGCCAAACAAGCGGUCCUUCGAUUGCCACCCAACGGCUGGCAUGGAAUCCAAAACCGCCAAAGCAUUACACCAAUGUUCAUGGUGCCCACUAAAGUGUGGUAACAACGCUUGAUGAUGGAACGAGCAGACGUAGAAGGCCAAAAACGCCAUUCGCAUUUUUCAGGAGCAGCAGGGAAGACAUCGUGAUGUCUCGAUCAUUUACAGUUGCAUGCGUUGGGUCUCGAAGGCAGUACAAUUUCAGAUUGCAGUUCAUCGAAAGAGCAACUGCGCACAUUUCGCAUUUUGUUGAUUAUUGAGUAGCAGUUCGUAGUGUGCGAACCUAGAUAUCAAAGUUUAUGUGUAUUGUCCAAGCAACUUUCGAAGGAAAUGCAUUUGAACGUGCACGGUAGAAAGUUUCCACGUUCGUAGAUCAUAGAUCGGUACCACCCGACUUUGCCAUGUAUUUGAAUUCUUCAAGAGCUUGUUCUACAUAUCCCUCUGUAGCAGUGCAAAAUUCAUGUUUGUCAUUGUCCUACUUCAAGUGACUGCCAAUGUAAUGC